AUGAAUACGGCUCCAUCAAGACCCAGCCCCACACGAAGAGAUCCAUAUGGCUUUGGAGAUAGUCGAGAUACAAGACGUGAUCGAUCGCCCAUUCGAGGAAGUCCAAGAAGAGAGCCCAGGGACGGCAGAAAUGGCCGGGAUGCUCGAGAUGGCAGAGACAUGCGAGACCCCCGAGAUUUGCGGGACCACAGAGAUACCAGAGACAUUCGGGAUCACCGAGACAGCAGAAGUAUGCGUGAUGCUCGGGACAUGAGGGAUCUUAGAGACUUUCGUGACCUGAGAGAAACUAGGAAUUUUCGAGAUCACCGAGAUCCCAUGUACGAUAGAUACAGAGAGAUGAGAGAGUCCCGAGAUCCCAUGUACAGGAGAGAAGGAUCUUAUGACCGAUACCUGCGAAUGGAUGACUACUGCAGGAGGAAAGAUGAUGCUUACUUUGACCGUUACAGAGAUAGCUUUGAUGGACGAGGCCCUCCAGGCCCAGAAAGUCAGUCUCGUGCAAAAGAGCGUCUGAAACGUGAGGAACGUCGUAGAGAAGAGCUCUAUCGUCAGUAUUUUGAGGAAAUCCAGAGACGCUUUGAUGCCGAGAGGCCUGUUGAUUGUUCUGUGAUUGUGGUCAACAAGCAGACUAAAGAUUAUGCUGAAUCUGUGGGGCGGAAGGUCCGAGACCUAGGCAUGGUAGUAGAUUUGAUCUUCCUCAACACGGAAGUAUCACUGUCACAAGCCUUGGAGGAUGUUAGCAGGGGAGGGUCUCCCUUUGCUAUUGUCAUCACCCAGCAACACCAGAUUCACCGCUCCUGUACAGUCAACAUCAUGUUUGGAACCCCUCAAGAGCAUCGCAACAUGCCCCAGGCAGACGCCAUGGUGCUGGUGGCCAGAAAUUAUGAGCGCUAUAAGAAUGAGUGCCGGGAGAAGGAGCGCGAAGAGAUUGCCAGACAGGCGGCCAAGAUGGCUGAUGAAGCCAUCCUCCAGGAAAGAGAGCGAGGAGGCCCUGAGGAAGGGAUGCGUGGGGGGCACCCUCCAGCCAUCCAAAGCCUCAUCAACCUGCUGGCCGACAACAGGUACCUCACUGCUGAAGAGACUGACAAGAUCAUCAACUACCUUCGAGAGAGGAAGGAGCGGCUUAUGAGGAGCAGCGCCGACUCUCUGCCUGGCCCGAUUUCCCGUCAACCACUCGGGGCGACCUCGGGUGCCUCACUGAAGACACAGCCAAGCUCUCAACCGCUCCAGAGUGGCCAAGUGCUCCCGUCUGCUACACCCACUCCAGCUGCACCCCCCACCUCCCAGCAAGAGCUUCAGGCCAAAAUCCUCAGCCUCUUCAAUAGUGGCACGGUUGCGGCCAAUAGCAGCUCUGCAUCCCCCUCAGUUGCUGCCGGAAACACCCAGAACCAGAAUUUUUCCACAGCAGCGAACAGCCAGCCUCAGCAAAGAUCACAGGCCUCUGGCAAUCAGCCUCCAAGCAUUUUGGGACAGGCAGGAUCUGCUCGGAACAUGGGCCCCAGGCCUGGGGCUCCUUCCCAAGGGCUCUUUGGCCAGCCUUCCACCCUCCUGGCACCCGGCAGCAACUUGGCUAGCCAGAGGCCCGUGUCUUCCACAAGUAUCAACUUUGACAAUCCAAGCGUACAGAAAGCUCUGGACACCCUGAUCCAGAGUGGCCCUGCUCUCUCCCACCUGGUUAGCCAGACCACAGCACAGGUGGGGCAGCCGCAGGCCCCCAUGGGAUCGUACCAGAGGCAUUACUGA